AUGGCAACGCCCGAGGCCGAGACCGCGACGCAGACAGGGACCGCGGUCGGCGACCAGGAGACGCCGAGCCAGUGGAAGAAGGUGACGACGCAGGACGCGUACGAGGCUCCGCGCGCCGAGAGCCCGAAGAAGCUCGUGCUCUGCAGCUUUGACGAGGACGAGACGCAAAUCUGCUUCCGCUGCAUGUCCCAAGAAGACUACCUCUCGCAGACCGUUGAUACGAAGCGCAAGACGCUCAUGACGCUCGAAGAGCGCAAGCUCAUCAUUACGGCGCAUCGCCCAGACGAGGCAGACGGCGACGACAUCGAGAGCGGUAACGAGUCCGAGGACAUGUGGGUUGGCGGCACGAGCUUGCUCGCGCAGUGGGAGACAGAUGUGUGCAAGUCCAACGAGCGGCAAAGCCAAGCCAUUAGCGAGCUACCCACAUGGACGCCGUCGACAGCAUUCACUCCCACCAACCCCGUUGCGAGCGAUGCCGAGACCGUGGCCAGCGAAGACGACGACGAUGCAGCGACCGAGACCAACAGUGCGAUGGCGUCGGAUUCAGAAAAGACGGCGUCGCCGCCGACCGAGCCCUUCGAGUUGCCAGGCGACGAUAUCUCGAGUGCGGAUGAGCCAAUACAAACAGAGCCUCUCGAGCUGCCAGGCGACACAACCCCAACCGCUGACGAGCCUAUGCAUACCGAGUCCGUGCCCACAGCACCAAUCGUCCCAGAGAUCCGCGCAGAGCCUCCGUGUCUCCCUACAACCGAGAUGGUCCUGGACGACGGCCUCUCGUUCCACGAGAAGCUCCUCGCCGCGUCCCACAAGGCGAAGAAUCUGCCGGUUCCCAAAGCCAAAAAAGGUCUGAAGCGAGGUGCCGCGUCGGACGAAGUCUCGUCGUCGCUCAAGCGGCCACGCGCCUCCAAAGCCAAGCUACCUCCACUUGCGGACACACCGCAAGCGCCCGCGGACGAUGCCAAGCACAACGAAAAGCCGCCCGACGAGCUGCAGCUCUCGGUGGCAAGUGGCACGCCCGAUGCGAUCCGCGUCGUGCUUACAGGCAUCGAGCCGACCGAGGCCAUCCUGCGCAAGAUCCGAGCCAUUAAAGGCGCCGUCUUUGAAGACGAUGUGACCAGAGGCACCCACUUGGUGUCGAACGAGCUCAAACGCACGGUCAAACUCUUGUGUGGCAUUUCGUGCUGCCUCCACAUCCUCGACGAAGCGUGGUUGCGCACCUCGGCCAAGAUGCGGCGUCCCGCCAACGAGAUCGAGUACAGUCUCCGGGACGCAGAAAAGGAAGCCAAGUGGGGCUUUGAGCUCCAGCACACCAUGUACGACUGCAGCUUGGCGUCGCGGCAGUCUGCCGAGCUUGAGACGAUUGUCCGGCUCGCGGGCGGCAACGUACUGGCCAAGCCCGAGCGCGGCUGCAUCGUCAUUACGGCGCCGAAAGCGAUUGCGACCAAGGCGAUGCAAAAGAAGAUCCAAGGCGCGGCGCACGUGUGCUCGACAGAGCUCAUCUUGCACGGCAUCUUGACGCAGCGCCUCGACGUGGCGGCACACGCCUUGUCGUCGUACAAACGAUAG